UGCUUGCGUUGACUUUGCUGCGGCAAAUCCAAAGAUGUAAUAACAACCGAUUGCCAAGUAGUGAGUCUGCUGGGAGCAAUGCUGCUAUUAUCAGUAUAGAUCUUCUUCCUUGCCGAUGGUUUGCAGUGUAUUGCUGUUCUAUUAACGCUAUCAGAAUUUGGAACUCUCCGGAUCAAAACGCUUUGAAACUUUGCAUCUCACAGCACGGUCGUCAUGGUUAUAAAAGCAAUUCACGCGUAGUACAACUGGAAAUGCGAAAGCAACUCCCGAACAGAUGCUUAAGAAGUACGAAGAAAAUCUAAAGAGGGGAACUCUCGGCGACUAUAUGGAGAUGUCGUUUGGUAAAAAUACUGGUAUUAAGAUUAAGAAGGGAGAACAUGGCUUUACAGCAAUGCCAAAGUCAGGCUGGAAAGGGUGUAUAUUUGAUGGAAACUGCACCGAAAAAUCGUAUCUUGACAGUCUACCAGUGGGCGAAGGUGCUUCUGAAGAAGAGGCAAAAGCAUACUUGCACAGAUCUAUUCUGAUGAGGUACCAAAACCAUUAUUCUGCCUUCCACGACGGCAGAGAUAGCACAAUGGACGAGAUUGCGAGUUAUCCCGUAGCCCUGCUACAUAGCUAUGAUACAGCAGUACGAGCCGCUCAAGAAGAUCAAUCAAAAAGAGGAUAA